AUGUGUUUUACAAUUAUAAAAAAAACAGAUUUUCAGUUAAUAAUAAUAAAAAACAAGGCGAUCGUCGAUGAUGAGGGCAUCACCACUGUCGCCAGCAAGGCUCGUCGACGAAAAUUAGGUGAAGACUCCGAUGAUGAUGAACUGGGUGUAGCGCCUCCAGUCAACGAUAUUUAUCGCCAGCGGCAACAAAAACGAGUCAAAUAG